ACACAUUUUUUUUCUUCUUCUAAUCCAUAAAUAAAAAACAAAACAAAAAACAAAAAAUGGCGCGUCUCUCUCUCUCUCUCUCUCUCUCUCCCCUGAGUAGCAAGCAAUGCAAUUAAACCACCAUUUAAUGCAAUUGCACCCUCUCAAUACGCUCUUCAAUUACUCUUCUCUGCCACUUUUUCUUCUAUCUGUUCCCCACUCCCUCUCUAUCUUCCUUCAAUGCUCUUUCUCUCUCUAAAACUACCGUUUCUUUCUUCUAACUUUUAACCUUUUCUUCCCAUAUUAUCCUUCUCUCAAAACCACCAAAAAAAUAUCUCUCUUCUUUUUUCCAUCAAGUUUUUUUUUUAACAUAGAUCUACACCAACCCUUUCCAUCAUUCAUAACUGUGGCAGAUUAUAUAAAAGCUGAAUUUGUAGCUUAAUGAUAGUAGGAAGGAGUAAUAACGUUGGUGUGUUUGGAUCAACAUCAUCUUUGAUUCUUCUUACUCUUUGACAGCUUUGGUUGUAGAUUGAAAAACAAUAGGGCUUGGGAAUUAUAAAGAUCUGAAGAUAAAGAGAAAGACAAAAAACAAUGUUUCAGUCAAACUUGUUGGAAGCUGGUCAGUUUCAUCCGUUAGAGAUGAUGCAAAACACUUCAGAAAGUGAUGUUCCUCGAAUCCGUGAAGAUGAAUGUUUUGAAAGUGCCACAAAAUCUUGCAGUGAAAAUCAUGAAGGUGGUGCUGCUUCUGGUGAUGAACAAGAACCACGUCCCAAAAGAAAACGUUACCACCGCCACACUCAGCAUCAGAUCCAAGAAAUGGAAGCUUUCUUCAAGGAAUGUCCACACCCAGAUGACAAGCAAAGGAAGGAGUUAAGCAGAGAAUUAGGGUUAGAGCCAUUGCAAGUUAAGUUUUGGUUUCAAAACAAAAGAACUCAAAUGAAGACACAACAUGAACGAUCGGAGAAUUCACAGCUUAGAGCAGAAAAUGAAAAGCUUAGAACUGAUAACAUGAGGUAUAGAGAAGCUCUUAGCAAUGCUUCAUGUCCUAAUUGUGGUGGUCCUACAGCUAUAGGUGAAAUGUCUUUUGAUGAACAUCAUUUGAGGCUUGAAAAUGGAAGGCUAAGAGAAGAGAUCGACCGAAUCUCAGCAAUCGCAGCCAAGUACGUAGGAAAGCCGGUGGUAAACUAUUCAAACAUUUCACCAUCUCUCCCACCUCGUCCAGAAAUUGGUUUUGUUGGUAACAACCAAGGAAUUGGUGGUAUGGAAAUGUAUGGAACAAGUGGAGAUAUUCUAAGGUCAAUCAGUGGACCUACUGAAGCAGAUAAACCAAUAAUAAUAGAAUUAGCUGUUGCAGCUAUGGAAGAACUUAUUGGAAUGGCACAAAUGGGUGAUCCACUUUGGUUAAGUACUACACUUGAUGGAGCUGGUACUGUUCUUAAUGAAGAUGAAUAUGUUAGGUCAUUUCCUCGCGGAAUUGGACCUAAACCUAACGGUUUUAAGUGUGAAGCUUCUAGAGAAACUAGUGUUGUUAUCAUGAAUCAUGUCAACCUUGUUGAGAUUCUCAUGGAUGUGAACCAAUGGUCAACAGUGUUUGCUGGUAUUGUUUCAAGAGCUAUGACUGUGGAAGUGUUGUCAACUGGUGUGGCAGGAAACUACAAUGGUGCUUUACAAGUGAUGACAGCAGAGUUUCAAGUUCCAUCACCACUUGUGCCAACUAGAGAGACUUACUUUGUAAGGUAUUGCAAACAACAUACUGAUGGGACAUGGGCAGUUGUGGAUGUUUCUUUGGAUAAUUUGCGCCCUAGUCCUACAUCUAGAUGUAGAAGAAGGCCUUCUGGUUGCUUAAUUCAAGAGAUGCCAAAUGGCUACUCCAAGGUGACAUGGGUUGAGCAUGUAGAAGUGGAUGAUAGAGGUGUUCAUAAUCUAUACAAGCAGCUUGUUAGCACUGGACAUGCAUUUGGUGCAAAACGUUGGGUUGCAACUUUAGAUCGACAAUGUGAAAGACUUGCUAGCUCCAUGGCAACAAACAUUCCUACCGUAGAUGUUGGCGUGAUAACAAGCCAAGAAGGGAGGAAGAGUAUGAUGAAACUAGCAGAGAGAAUGGUGAUAAGUUUUUGUGGUGGAGUAAGUGCUUCAACAGCACAUACAUGGACAACAUUAUCUGGAACAGGAGCUGAUGAUGUCAGAGUGAUGACACGUAAGAGUGUUGAUGAUCCUGGAAGACCUCCUGGUAUUGUUCUUAGUGCUGCUACUUCUUUUUGGCUUCCUGUUCCACCUAAACAAGUCUUUGAUUUUCUUCGUGAUGAAAACUCAAGAAAUGAGUGGGAUAUUCUUUCCAAUGGUGGAGUAGUCCAAGAAAUGGCGCACAUUGCAAAUGGACGAGAUACCGGAAAUUGUGUGUCUCUCCUAAGAGUUAAUAGUGCAAAUUCAAGCCAGAGCAACAUGUUAAUAUUACAAGAGAGUCUAACAGAUUCAACAGGUUCAUUUGUGAUAUAUGCACCAGUAGACAUUGUUGCUAUGAAUGUAGUUCUAAAUGGAGGAGAUCCAGAUUAUGUAGCACUUCUUCCAUCGGGAUUCGCUAUCCUUCCCGAUGGAAAUGCAAUUGGAAAUGGUGAAAAUGGAGGACAAGCUGCUGGUGGUGGUGGAUCACUUUUGACUGUUGCAUUUCAAAUAUUGGUUGAUUCUGUUCCAACUGCUAAACUUUCUCUUGGAUCUGUUGCAACUGUUAAUAGUCUUAUUGCUUGUACUGUUGAGAGAAUCAAAGCUUCUUUGUCUGGUGAAGGUGUUGCUUGAGUUGAGCUUCAUGACUAAUAUGUGGAUUUUGAGUUUACAAGGAGAAAAUGGAUUAUGCAU